AUGAGUGGUAAUUCUGAAAGGGGCAAAUCUGUUACGGUGGAAGACGAAUUUGCAACGCCGUCGAAUAGUGAUACCGAGCCGUCACGUGGUCAGAUUAAUUUUGAAGCAAAUUUUGGCCGGUUAUCCUUGGAAAUGUUAAAAUUUUUGUGCUUUGGAAUGGGCAUUUCCGAUGUGGGUGUAAAGCAAGACCUGAUUAAUAGAUUGGUUAGUGAGUGUAAACGUAGAGAGCAGUCCCCUAGUGAAUUAUUGGGGAAAGGCAAAGCUGUUAAUGUUGAUAAGGAUACAA